AUGGUGGUUCGGCCGUGGAUGCCAGCCACGCUGACCUGCUCUGUGGCUGCAGAGGGUCUCUCUUACGAUGCAACACUGAGGAUCCGGAGACAGAACCUCUCGCACUUGCCCAUAACUUACUACAACCACCCGCUCCUCAUCCAUCAGGGUCACAUGCAGUGGGUGUGGGACAUGGAUGGUUGCAGGUACCUGGACUUCUUUGGGGGAAUAGUUACCAUCAGCAUUGGCCACUGUCACCCGAGGGUGACGGCGGUGUCUCGGGAGCAGGUUGGGCGUCUGUGUCACACGACCAAUAUCUACCUGCAGCCUCCAAUCCACCUGUACGUCCAGAAACUCACCUCCCUCCUCCCACCCCCAUUACAGGUUGUAAUGCUGGUGAACAGUGGCUCUGAGGCCAAUGAUCUGGCCAUGCUCCUGGCCCGGGUUCACACUCACAACCACAACAUCAUCACUCUCAGGUCAACUCUCUCAGGAGGCUUCCCCAGACGUGUCGAGUGUCGUAGCUCAAUGGCCUCGGCUGGUUUUUCCGAGACUCCCUUCUCAGGAGUCAGCUGUCCACCAGGCUCUUCAGUGGAAGUGGCCAGGCUUGUGUCUUUGACCCUCUCGGGUCGAACAAGCCCCACCGGUACUUCCAACUCGUGUGACAUUUCUUCCACCUGCGGCAUUAUGUGUCCAGAUGUUUUCCAAGGUUUAUGGGGUGGGAGCCAGUGUCGGGAUUCUCCAGUACAAACCCUUCGCUCCUGUAACUGCUCUCCAGCUGAAGUUACCCCUGAACAAGCCUGA